UUGCUCUGCGAUUGGCUGCUGGCUGCCUGGCAGGAAGAAAGAGCUGCUGUGUUGAGGCCGAAAACUCGGGCACAAUCUGGAAGGGGGAUGACAACCAAAUACCUCCGUGGGAGAUAUGUUCGUCCGCUCAACAGGAGACGUCAAAGGGAUUCUUUUUCUGCACGUGGAGGCGAGUUCUUCAGGCUUUUGCCAGCUGCGGCUAUGAUCGCGAUCACGCGUGAGUCGCUGUAAUCAAGUCCCCCCACUCUUAAUGAGACUGAAUGUGCCGUCUUGAGAUUUAAAUCUUUACAUGGAGGACACAUAGCAGCUCCGCUUUGCUGUUAAGGCUGCUCGAUUGUACUGCCACAACAUCCCGGAGGGAAAAAAAAACUCUUCUCCAGCUAGAACCGGGAUGAGGGAAGCAUAGAUCGCGAGGAGCUGCAGCGUGGGUUUUUGAUUAUUAUUAUUUUUUUUUUUUUUUGGCUUCUUCUUUAGAUUGUUCUUUACUAUCACUGAAGGCUGGCUUUUCUAAGAGUCGAGCGUCUUCGACGGCUCUCCGCAUCAGUACCAUGAAUCAUCCUGGGCAACAGCUGCUACCCACAUAGAGGUCACCCCACCUCUCUUUCCAUUCGAUUCGGUCCAGAGGAUGCUGGGAAUGUGUCGCGGGCGCAGGAAGUUCCUGGCGGCCUCCCUCGCCUUGCUCUUCAUCCCAGCGCUCACUUGGCUUUACCUGUCAGUCGGCAGCUUUCAAGUGAAGCCGCUUCCCCUGUCACCCUUGGAAACCCAGUCGUCCACGCCGGGCGGAGGAGCGGGCGAGCGUCAAGCGUUGGAGUCGCGGGUGCGGGCGGUGGAGGAGGAGAACCGGGCGCUGCGCCGCGAGCUCAGCCGGCCGCCCAGAAGCCCAUCGUCACGCCUUCCGUACGGCGGUCACCAUGGCAACCAGAGUAGAGCCCAUUCAGAGGAGGGCACCGGUGAUAACGAGGGCCAGAAAGCUGCUGCAGUGGCCAACAGCUCAGACUGUGUCCAGCAGCCGGCCGUGGAUAAGUGCGAGACCAUCCACGUUGCCAUCGUGUGCGCAGGUUACAAUGCAAGCCGAGAUGUGGUGACCCUGGUUAAAUCCGUCCUUUUCCACAGGCGGAACCCUCUCCAUUUCCAUUUCAUCACUGACUCCAUAGCUCAGCAAAUCCUGUCGUCUCUGUUCCACACCUGGAUGGUCCCUGCUGUCCGGGUCGACUUCUAUGACGCAGAUGAGCUCAAGUCUGAGGUGUCAUGGAUCCCCAACAAACAUUAUUCCGGAAUCUACGGUUUGAUGAAGCUGGUGCUCACGAAAACGCUUCCGCCAGAUCUCCAGAAAGUCAUCGUCCUGGACACGGACAUCACAUUCGCCACGGACAUUGCCGAGCUUUGGGCAGUCUUUCACAAAUUCAAAGGUCAGCAAGUUUUGGGUCUGGUGGAGAACCAAAGUGACUGGUACCUUGGAAACCUAUGGAAGAAUCACCGACCGUGGCCUGCCUUGGGUCGAGGCUUCAACACGGGGGUGAUUUUGCUGCUCCUGGAUCGACUGCGAAAGCUGCGAUGGGAGCAGAUGUGGAGGCUGACUGCCGAGCGGGAAUUAAUGAGCAUGCUGUCUACUUCCCUGGCAGACCAGGAUAUCUUCAAUGCUGUGAUCAAACAGAACCCAUUCCUGGUUCACCAGAUGCCCUGCUUCUGGAACGUUCAGUUGUCUGACCACACACGCUCUGAGAAAUGCUACAAAGAUGUGUCAGACCUCAAGGUUAUCCACUGGAACUCCCCGAAGAAACUCCGAGUCAAGAACAAGCACGUGGAGUUCUUCCGUAAUCUCUACCUAACCUUCCUGGAAUACGACGGCAACCUGCUGCGGCGGGAAUUGUUCGGCUGUCCCAGCGAGGCCGAUCACAACAGCGAGAAUCUCCAGAAGACGCUAUCAGAGUUAGACGAAGACGACCCGUGCUACGAAUUCCGCCGCGAGCGCUUCACCGUCCACAGAACGCACCUCUACUUCCUCCACUAUGAGUACGACGUCACCCCUGACAACGCCGACGUCACGUUGGUCGCGCAGCUCUCCAUGGACAGACUUCAGAUGUUGGAGGCCAUUUGUAAGCACUGGGAAGGCCCCAUCAGCCUGGCGCUGUAUUUAUCCGACGCCGAGGCGCAGCAGUUCCUACGCUACGCUCAGGGCUCCGAAGUUCUCAUGAGUAGAGGGAACGUCGGCUACCACGUGGUCUACAAAGAGGGGCAAUUCUACCCGGUCAACCUUCUGAGAAACGUUGCCAUGCGCCAUGUCAACACGCCGUACAUGUUCCUGUCGGACAUCGAUUUCUUGCCCAUGUAUGGCCUCUAUGAGUAUCUCAGGAAAUCAGUCGUGCAACUCGACAUGGCCAACGCCAAGAAAGCGUUGGUGGUGCCGGCGUUUGAGACGCUGCGUUACCGCCUGUCCUACCCAAAAUCCAAAGCUGAACUGCUCUCUCAGCUGGACAUGGGAACUCUCUUUACCUUCAGGUACCACGUGUGGACCAAAGGCCACGCACCGACCAAUUUUGCCAAAUGGCGGACGGCCACCACGCCUUACAGGGUAGAGUGGGAGGCCGACUUUGAGCCGUACGUCAUGGUGAGGCGGGACAGCCCCGAGUACGACCGCCGCUUUGUCGGUUUCGGCUGGAACAAGGUGGCGCACAUUAUGGAGUUGGAUGCGCAGGAAUACGAAUUUGUGGUUCUACCCAACGCGUACAUGAUCCACAUGCCUCACGCGCCCAGCUUCGACAUCACCAAAUUCCGCUCCAACAAGCAGUACCGUGUCUGCUUAAAGACCCUCAAGGAGGAGUUCCAGCAGAACAUGUCGCGGCGCUACGGCUUUGCCGCACUUAAGUACAUGACGGCUGAGAACAACAGCUAGCCACUGCGGGCCCUCGCCACCCCUGACCCUUGAGCAACUGUUAAAGACUCGGUAAGCAAUCGGGGGGGUGUGAGGGUAACGAGGUGGAAAAGACCACCUUCGCGAGGUGGGCGGACCUGACCCGGACCUUUUUUGGGAAAAAUAUUGACCUUAAGUGUGGGAGUUUUUGCCGAAAACCAAGUGUGCGCGAAUCUACACGUCGGUCCGGGAAACGGAGGGAGCGACGUCCUCGCGUCCAUUCAGUUUGCACACCGUCCAAGUGCCACAAACGCAUUUUCGGACCGUACCACGACUAGCGGAACAUCAUUGGAGGCGAUGAGACAAAUCGGAAUGAAGCGAGCUGCGGGUACAAAUCACAAUCCAUCCUGGGCGUGCUCACUACAGAUAGUUCUUCUCUGUUCCGUCCUACUUUUUCACUCUUGCCUCUAGUUCGAUAACAUUUUACUUAUUUUUUCCCCACUCUGUUGAUGAUUAAAUAAAAGUGAAAGUAUGAAAAAAAGUCUAAAUACUUGUAAAGUCUUUACAUUUGGCCACUAUGUAAUGAGAUGCAAAAUGGAAGUUGUAUCAAUCUGCUGCAAGAUUCAUAAUGCUUCAUUUUAAUUAGGAUCAAGCAAUGUUUAUCCUUGUACUUGAAUGUUUUGUUUUGUUUUUCUAUUGCUUACAUCUGUUUAAGCAUAGUUUUCUAUUACGUAUGUUUAUUGUUGUUAAACUAGAGGCCACUGUCCCUUGUUUCCCCUGUCACUUUCCAAACAAGAGCCGUCAUGCGGUGUGUGUGUGUGUGUGUAAAUGUACAAUAUGUUGUGCGUUCGUGAGAGCAAUUUUGGACGUUGCGGGGAGGGCUGACGGAUGCUGCUACCUGAAUAAAAAUUCAAGUGUCAAACA